ACGCGGCUGUCGCGGGAGAUCACGGGAGUUUGGUUUUACGGUGGCGUUACAAAAGACGGAACUGCAGAGGAAAUAACCCGUGAUACGUUGGCAUCACGAUCCUAUGGCAGCUGGCGUCAUCACUAAGCCUGCAGGCGGAGCGAUGCUGGUGCUGUUGCUGCUGCUGUCGGCGCUGCCGGCCUGGGGCCUGCGGUCGCCGCUAGGCAGACGGUACCCGACGGACGGGGGACGCCGGGCGCCGCCCGCGGCCGCUGGUGACGGGCCGCUCUUCCUCACACCGCUCAUCGAGUCGGGCGAGCUGGAGAAGGCCAGGAAUCUCAGCAAGGUGGUUGGCAUCAGUGGAUACGCCUAUGAGAGCCACUCUGGAUACCUGACCGUGAACAAGGAACACAACUCAAACCUCUUCUUCUGGUUCAUUGAAGCCAAGGAAAACGCCGACUCGGCACCGGUGCUGCUGUGGCUUCAGGGCGGGCCCGGCGCCUCCAGCCUGUACGCCAUGUUCGUGGAGAACGGCCCCUACAGCAUCGACGCCGACCUGAACCUGGUGCCCCGCAACCUGACCUGGGUCAACACGCACAACGUGCUCUACAUUGACAACCCCGUCGGCACGGGUUUCAGUUUCACUGACGAUGACGAAGGCUACGCCAAGAACCAAGAUGACGUGGCCAGGGACCUGUAUUCCGGACUGGUCCAGUUCUUCACCAUUUUCGAGCGCUUCCAGACGAACGACUUCUACGUUACUGGAGAAUCCUAUGCAGGGAAGUACGUGCCGGCCAUUUCGUACAAGAUUCACCAGGAGAACCCGAAGGCCGACCUGAAAAUAAACAUGAAGGGCAUGGCCAUCGGGGACGGACUAGUCGACCCGAUAAACAUGCUGAACUACGGCGACCUCCUCUACUCGAUUGGCCUGGUGGACGCUAAUCAAAAGGAGUUCUUCACCCAGAAGGCGGAGGAGACUGCCCAGCUGAUAACCCAGGGAGAUUUUAUGGGAGCUUUCAACGCUUGGGACGUGGUCGUUAACGGAGACAAGACGCCGUACCCGACCUACUACCACAACGUCACGGGCUUCGUCAACUACUUCAACUACCUCUUCCCAAUCGACCCGAACGACCCGAGCACCAACCCCUACAACGACUUUCUAAACCUGCCGUCCACGCGGGAGGCCAUCCACGUCGGUGACCGGCCCUACAACGACGGACAGCCCGUGGAGGACCACCUGCUGAACGACAUCAUGAACUCGUCGAAGUCGAUGGUCGAGGGCGUCCUGGACGGCGGCUACCGCGUGAUGAUCUACAACGGCCAGCUGGACGUCAUCAUCGCCUACACGCUGACGGAGCAGUGGCUGGCCACGGCCAAGUGGCACGGGGCGGAGCAGUACAAGAACGCCGAGCGGCUCAUCUGGCGGGUAGACAACGAGAUCGCCGGAUACGUCCGUGUGGCAGACAACCUGCACGAAGUCAUGGUGCGGAACGCAGGACACAUGCUGCCCACUGAUCAACCGGAGUGGGCUUACGCACUCAUCAACAUGUUCACGAUGCCGGACGGACCUAAGUGGCGACAAUAAAAGUUGUGUCCUUGACACAAUGCGACGAGGCUGGAGGUAGCCCGUCGUUUCGAUCGGCUUCGACUGGGCGCUGGACAGAGGCGUCGAAUGGAGACGCUGCUGCACCGGGGUUCCUGGCGAUAUACGUGUGCGUGGUCUUUAUUGUAUUGCAAGAUGUCUGAGGCUGAAGCACAGCACGCUGAGCUGUGCAAAUCAAACCGAUCAAGCUAGAUGACGGGGCGUCGCGGCUCAAGAAAGCGGUGUUGAGCUCCACGCCACACCACAUGGCAAACCCGGAACACACCUGAAACAGAACGGAUUAUGAUUGCCCUCGUGGGAUUGCUGCGGAUUAUGAUUGCCCUCCUCAUAGGUGCUGACUUAUGUCUACCGUAUAAAUGAAGAUGCGGCUGAGAGGCGGACAGUAAGGGGUGUCACGCGCUGACACGUCGUUUGAGUGCCCGACGACUGCUGAGGCAGCACGGCGCUCAAUGACGUGAUUAAGCGCGUGAUACGGGCUGCAGGAAUCCCAUUCCAUCCCAUCUAACCUGAAACCCACCGCCAACGACCAGGGGGAUGGUAAAGGGCCCGAUGGGGUGACCAUAUUCCCGUUUGCCUGCGGUGAGAGCCUGCUAUGGGAUGUCACAUACGCCAGUACGUUCGCCGCCUCUAACCUUUUCCUCUCCGCGAUAGCCGCUGGCGCUGCAGCUAAAGAAGCCGAAUGCAGAAAGAACAGAAAACAACUCGAGCCUCACUAAGCGGUUGCAGUUCCUACCAGUCGCCUUUGCAAUCGGCGGAGCCUGUGGCCCAUCGACGAGAAAUUUUGCCGAAGGUCUUGCGCUGGGCCGAUUUCUUCGUCGGGUGAUACAUGAGAGAGCGGUUGGCUCUGUCAGCGUCUGACUUUUGCCAUAGCCUGGGGGAACGCGACCUCAGCGGCCUCCGCUCUACCCAGCCUCGAAAAAGUGGAACCUGCGCCUGCCCAUCACAAAGACGGCAUGUCGCAACACCCUGCGGUGUCACCAAAAGAGGAAACCAUGAAGCCAAGUCUCCCAAGAAUGCGAUUGGUGGUGGGACGCGGCCUGUGACUCAGCCGCUCGGCCUUACGGGCCCCGAAAACAUGACCUGGUGCUGACCUACCCGUCAUAUAUGAUACGCGUACCGAUCUGUAGUCCCGUCUGCUUACCGCCUUUGUAAUUGCCGAUUUUAGUGGUGUUUCCCUGACCAAACAACCUGUCUUUAUGAAAAUAUUGAAAAUACCGAGCUUCAUGUGAUCCAUAUGUGCUAGGGUUAUUCGUAGUCUCAUCGUCAAGCUGAAGGAGAGUGUUGGCGCACACGGUGCAGUGCGGACAGUUGUUUGGAAGCAUGUUGUUUUAUAAUUUAAGAUCUAGCAUCGUUAUCUUGCCUGUCGGGAUUUCUUUGUUGUUUUGUCCUCUAAAUGUAUUUGCACGCAACGGGUUGCUGCGCGUCUCCUCCGA